AUGUAUGAUGACUUCAAACCUCCUGGGAGAUCUGAAAAGAAGGAGAUCAAGAAAGAAUCCAACAAUAAGUCUGAUAAAAAGCUGAUUAAAACUGAAGAGAUGCUGAAAACAACCUAUAGAAAAUAUAAAAAAGAAGAUAUGGAAACAUUUUUCUAUUUAGUUACUGAAAAAGGGAUGUCAAUUCGCGGUGCAGCGAGCGCGCUCAAAAUUCCUAAAAGCACAGCAUAUGGCUGGCAUAAAAAGGGUCUUGAGGCGGCAGAUGAGUAUGUCGAUAUGAGAAAGGCUGGUAGUGGCCGGCCAGUUGGCAGACCAUCACCCUUGACUGAGAGUCAUCGUCAAUAUCUUGUCGAGCUCAUUGAUGAUAACAGUGAUCUUCGUUUAGAUCAAAUGAUGGAGAGCUUGACUAAUCAAUUCAAGGAUCUCUGUUGUAUCCAACAGCAUAUUACUCUUGGAUUAUUACAUAAUACUGAAAUAAGAGAUUGCGGAUCCUUAUGA